AGGUAAACUAAUAAGCAGUGGCUUUUGUCUCGAAGACAAUGAACUGCCGGAUCUUUUUUUCAAACAUCAAUUAACACUAUGCAAACAAAUGUAUUGAUUUGUAAUGAUGGUUCGUUUUUAAUCUUUUCCAAUUAACUGUUUUGUAGAAGUAAAAAAAAAAAAUGGAGUUAAUUGUGUUUACAGUUGCUGUUCUGGAAUUGGUAAUAGCUGGACAAUAUAAAAUAGGAGUUUUGAUACAGGAAGAUGUGUGGGAAGGCCCUUACAAUGUAACUGAUGACAUUAUAAUCGAUGGAUCUGUAGAAGUUAACUUUACUGUCCACAUUUCUUCAACGAGAAAUGGAAUCGAAACUACAACUAAAGUAUGUGACCUCCUUGGCGAGGGAUACAAUGGAUUUCUAACAUUGGUAGAUGCUCCUACAUCGUCACUUAUUGAAUGGCAGUCAAAAAGCCGCCAUAUUCCUCACCUGCUAUUUGCUAAAAGCACAUGUAAAACUGACAAGUCAAUCUAUACAUACAAGUUUUUCCCGCCAUGUGAUAUAACAAACGAGGCCAUAGCAGACACCAUAUUGACGCAAAAUUGCCUGGAGGUAGUCAUUCUUCACGACCAUACACUUAGUUCAUUCUGCCUACAAAACUUAGUUGCCCGUUUAUCCAAUAUACCAGUAUCAUCUAGAAUUAUAAAUAUUAAACAUGGGAUCCGACUUCACCUUGCCAGAAAAUACAGUCUUAAAUAUUUUGUGAUUUUUGCAAGUUUAACUGCAGUAAACGAAGUUUUGGCCGAGGCUAACAGAUUACAUAUGCUGACCACAGAAUACACAUGGAUUAUAUUCGCGGAAGGAUUAAAACUACCCACAUACUCCAAUAAUAAUAUUUCAAGCGGAAGGAUUUCAUAUCUUAGAAUGUAUUAUCCUGAUAUGAUUGGUGAAAACGGAUCAUGUAAUAAUGAUUGGCCCCAGAACAGUCCACAUUCGGCUCAUCAGAGUUACAUUAGUGAUGGAAAGAAUGUAUUUGUAGAGGCGUUAAAAAACUUGGAGACGUCAACACCAAGCGUAGCGUUUGAGACAUUCAACUGCAAACAACAUUCAACUGUUCUCAAAAUUGGCGAUUCAUUGGCUGGCGAGUUAGAAAAGGUAUCAAUAACCGGACAUACAGGAGGCCUUUCAUGGGGUACUGAUACAUACCCAAAGACAGCAACAUAUCAAAUAUGUAGUCCAGUGAUAAACACAAACACAUACGAAUAUAUGGGAACUUGGAACAAUGACAACAGACUUGAUCUAGUCAACAAUGUGCUAUUUGGGAACGAUUUUACAGAUUUUGGAAACAAAACGUUGACUAUCGCUACAAAACCGAUAAAACCAUUUGUGAUAUUCACUGAUAACAAUGGUACCAUUGAGUAUUCUGGGUUUUGUAUUGAUAUACUAAAUGAACUGGCAAGGCAUUUUAAAUUCAAUUACAAAAUUGUAGGACCCCCGGAUGGUAUGUACGGGGGGCUAAACAGUGAUGGUACUUGGAAUGGAAUGGUCGGCAUGGUGAUGCGCGGUGAUGUUGAUUUUGCAAUUGGACCGUUUACCAUCACAUCUAUCAGAGAAACUGUGAUUGAUUUUACUGUACCUUAUAUAGAAGAUGGUGUUGGUAUCUUGACCAAACGGCCUGAUGGAGAACCAAACAAAAUAUUUAAAAUGUUUAAACCAUUCUCACUGAUCGUGUGGUGCUGCAUUGGUGUGGCUAUUGUGGUGGUCGGAAUACUUUUGUGUGUUGUUGGUAAUAUCAAUCCAAAUGUUGAGAAAACAUGCAGAGAUGAACCACAGUUAGUAGUGGAGCAGAAAAGUCUGAGACAGACAACUUGGCUUAUUUAUGGUUCAUUCUUUGAGCAAGGAGUAGAUCCAAGGCCAACCACUUUUUCCGGAAGGUCAAUGCUCGGAUUUUGGUGGGUUUUUACUAUCUUGAUGACGUCAACAUACACUGCAAAUCUAGCCGCUAACUUGACAGUCAGUAUUGCAGAACAACCAAUUAAUAGCCUAGAGGAACUGGUAGGACAGAAGGAAAUUGAACCAUUGGUUAAAUCUGGUACCAAUCUUCACACUUUGUUUAUGACUUCUGAUUCUGGAAUCUACAUGAAAGUAUGGGAAGUAAUGGGAGGCAUGCCAAAAGUUACAAGCAACGAUGAAGCUCUGUCUUAUGUUGAUAAAGGAAAAUAUGCAUUUAUGACAGAUGUGACGCAGUUAGACUACAUAGUCAGACAGGAAUGUGAGAAGUAUUCUUUAGCAGACGAGAUAUUCAAUAACGCUGGUCUAGGAUUUGUUCUUCCUGAAAACGCUCUCUUCAAAGAUUCCUUUAACCUGAAUAUGAUGAAGAUGCAAGAAGCUGGUAUGACGGAGAGAUGGAAAGAAGAAUGGUGGCCAAGUCUAGAGUCGUGCUCUUCACAAGCCAGAACAAGUGGGGCGAAACCAUUGGGAAUGGACAGCUUGGCAGGGUUGUUUUAUGUCUACUUGGCGGUAGCAGGAAUAUCUAUCAUUUUCUUUACUGCCGAACUUUUUUAUAGGAAGAUUUUGUCGGGCAAAAUUCAACCUUAUGUUUUACAGCUUAAAAGAGUAAUUAGCAAAAAAGAUACCACAAUAACGUCACCAUUCGUUGGAAAAGAAUAGUUUAAAACGUUGUUACUUUGGAAAAUGUAUUAUAUCUAACAAUAUUUGUUCAUGUAGCUUUUUGAUUACUUCUUUCGAAAUGAGGUCAACUUACAUGUAGUUGUGGUAUCCCAGUUUUGUAAUAUUUAAAUUAUUUUGUUUUGAAAAAACAAUACACAUAUAACAACUUCUAUGAAAGAGGGACGAAAGAUACCAAAGGGACAGUCAAACUCGUAAAUCUAAAACAAAAUGACAACGCCAUGGCUAAAAAUGAAAAAGACAAACAGAAAAACAAUAGUACACAUGACACAACAUAGAAAACUAAAGAAUAAACAACACGAACCCGGCUUAUGACUAUGACUUAUAUACUAUCCUAAAAGGCUUAUGAUUAGAUUUACUUUAUAUG